CACCAGCGUGUCCAGCCCCGCACCGUCGCCUUGCACCGCGAGGCCCACCGCAACUUCAGCCAGUGGGCGGCCGAGCAGCACCUCCGCCAGGUGUCCAUGGACGAGACAGACCUGGCCAUGACGAGGAACGCCGUCCACGGGACGAUCUUCGUGAAGGACUACCCGCGACGAUCGCCUACCACCAUGUACCGUGCCAAGGACGCCCUGGCCGGAUGGUUCAAGGCAGGGCCCGACCGCGUCAGAGAUCCGCUGCCCUGGGAGGCGGCGGUGCUGAUCGCCGACAACCUCGCCGAGAGAGACCGCGAGGGGGUCGCCGCCGCUGGGGCCCUGCUCGCCAGCUUCGACGGGUACAUCAGGCCGAGCAACACCCUGGCCAUCACGAGCCGCGAGGUGAGCCAGCGCCAGGCGGGAUCCAAUCCCAACUACCCCAGCCUCGUGGUCACGAUCGCGCCCCAGGCCGACGACCACGGCCAGCAGCCCGCCCCAUCGACCAAGUCGGGGGACCACGACUGCACCAUCGUCUUCGGCGACCAAGCCAGCCUCAAGGCCAACAGGGGCAUCUGCCGCGACGCUCUGCUCUGGGCCUCAAGGAAGGCCCGCCGCGGCAGGCCCCUGUUCGACAUCAGCCUCGCAAAGUACGAGCAGCUCUUCAACCGAGCCGUGUCCGACGUAAAGCUGAGCUCUCUCAGGGUCACGCCGCGCUGUGCCCGACACGGAGGCCCGAGCACCGACGCAGCUCUCAAGUUGCGCCCUCUUGGGGCCAUCCAGAAGAGAGGCCUCUGGCGCUCGGCCUCCACCGUGCGGCGCUAUGAGAAGCAUGGCACACUCAUGCGCCAGAUUGCAAAGAUGACGUCCUCCCAGCUUCGCUCUGUGCCCGCAGCCCUUCAGAGGCUGCAGAAUAUGUUCAAGAUUUGA